UUUCCGUACCAUUUAUAAAUGCAUAAAUCGUCAACUCUCUCGUAACCAUAUCUCAGCUCAUUGCAUAGCUAAGAGGCAAUCUUAGCCUUCAAAAUAAAUAAAUAAAUGCUUGGGUUUCUCCACUCCCGUUCGGUCCACAGCAAAUACAACCAACCAGUGCCCUCAGAUCUAGUUUCAGGUCGGAGCCAUAAAUUAACUCCUUUUGUGAAGCUGAUGUGAAUCUUGCACCAAAUUUUGCCAUUUUUUCACACUCCAUUGUUCCUCCAACACCCUUUCAUCCUCAACAGGAUCUAUCUUAGAUAUCAAACAGGAUUUUCCAAUAAGAGGGUAUUUAGAAAAGAAAGGAAAAAAAAAAAAAUCCGUUUGUCUAUGUCGGAUUCCCCAGCUCUGUUCGAACACUCCUAGGUAGCUACCAGUUACGUCACCGUUUCAUCGGAUUUUCCGAAACGUGCGUCUCCGCAGAGGAGCAAAAGAAAGAGAGAGCCCCGAGGUCAAAAUCUGGUUAGGGUUUUGCCUCGUUCGCGAGAAAUGGACUACGCUCGAGAGGGGAACGUGGUGCAAAUAAUCGCCGCCGCCUCGGGAGGGGGCGGCGGCGGCGACAGCUGGUCCGGCGAGCAGGCGGAUUGGGCGACGGAGGACGAGUACCGGUUCUGGAACAGCGGCAACAACGGGGAGGGCGAAACGACGGCGUCGAACUCGAAUUACGAGGCGCGGUCGCGUUCGGGGAGCGAGCCUCCGAGCAAGAAGUCGCGGAACUCGCAGCAGGAGGGGAACUCGAACCGGUCGAAGGCGAUUGGGAAGAUGUUCUUCAAGACGAAGCUUUGCUGCAAGUUCAGGGCUGGCACGUGCCCUUACAUCACCAACUGCAACUUCGCCCACAGCAUCGAGGAGCUCCGCCGCCCUCCGCCCAACUGGCAGGAGAUCGUGGCGGCGCACGAGGAGGAGAAGGCCGUCCUGACGGAGCCCCGGGAGGAGUUUCAGAUUCCCACCGUUGGCUCCUCCACCUUUGCUGGCGACAUGAUGCAGCGCUCCUACAAGGGCAGGCAUUGCAAGAAGUUCUACACCGAGGAAGGGUGCCCCUAUGGCGAUAGUUGCACCUUUCUUCACGAUGAGCAAUCCAAGAACCGCGAGAGUGUCGCCAUCAGUUUGGGCCCUGGUGGCUAUGCUGGUGGCGGCGGUAGCAAUGGUGGUGGUGGGGGUGGGGGUGGGGGUGGUGGUAGCGGCGGCGGCGGUGCGGCGGCGAGUGCUGCUGGGAAUGGGCCCAAUUCGAAGCCCUCUAAUUGGAAAACCAGGAUUUGCAAUAAGUGGGAGAUGACUGGGUAUUGCCCCUUUGGCAACAAAUGCCAUUUUGCUCAUGGUAGCACAGAGUUGCACAGAUAUGGAGGUGGUCUUAUGGAAGGAGAAAAUAGAGAUGCUGCUUCUGCGGUUUCAACUGACACAAAUAAGGGAGUGCCUUCAAAAGCUUCUGCUGAUAAUGUGGUUGCAGCAGCUACCCCUGUUGCUCAUUCUGAUGUGUAUCAUAUUGGAGUCCCGUCACAAAGGCCUUCCAUUGUGAUUCAGAGACCAGGACAGAGAACUCAUCAUAAGUGGAAAGGUCCAGAUAAAAUCAGUAGGAUAUACGGUGAUUGGAUUGAUGACAUCGAAUAGAGUUAUAAUCCCAGUCAUGGAAACGACUGAUGCGGCUUAUGUAUUACCAUGAGAUUGAAUACGCAAAGAUUUUCAUUUCACAUGUUAUUUUAUUAGCUAAUUAUCUUAUGAUCCUUAACUUCCAAUGGGAAUAGCACUUUAGUUCCUAUAACUGUUUUGUAUUGUACGUUUAUGUUAGGUGGCGUAUUCACCUCCCUUAAUACGCUGCUUCUCUGGCGUCUGAAUGUAGCAAUAGCUUCCUUGUAUUUGCAUCCGAUGGUAUCCCGUAGUUGUUAUUUUAACAAGAUCUUUUUCGUUGGGAUUGUUUUGCUACCGCGUAGAGGAUCACGUUUCCCUGUUGCAAUGAAAACCCCUUUAUUAUUUUCCA